AUGUGGAGGCGCGACGCAAUUGGUAGUUCAGACCCUGGGGAACCGCCCAGAGAAGAGCCAACGGCGGUGGUGCAGUUCCGUGACGCUGUCUACAAGGUCAAAGGGCGUUAUGUCGUGCCCAUCAUGCUAAAGUCUCAAGGCCACUUGCCAAGCACGAAUCGGACAGUUGCCGAAACGCGGCGAAUGCGUCAGCUACAACGCUUCCUGACCAAACUCGAAGUACUUCAGGAGUAUGACAGCGUCAUCAGGGAGUACCUGACCGAAGGAAGGUCAUGCAGAGGAAUCGUACGUCGAGAAGCCGUCACCACGAAAGUUCGGGUCGUAUUCGAUGCGUCUUCUCAUGAGCUGGGGAGCAUCGUUGAGCUGGGGCUCAACGAUGUACUGGACAAAGGAGUGAAGCUCGGGGCAGAGUUGUUGCAGUUCAGAUGCAGCCCAAUAGUCCUCACCGCCGACUUACCCACGGAGGGACUGCCUACUCCCAGCAUCUGCGAGUGGCAAAUGACGAGAGUGCCUUUCGGGGCGUCUUCUAGCCCAUUAUUGCUUGCGGCUACGUUGCAGCAGCACCUAGAGGAGUGGAAGAAAACAUACCCGAACAUCGCUGCUGGGCUGCAGAAAUCUUUUUACGUCGUCGACUUAGUCAUCGGGGCUCACUCUCAGGCCGAAGCACUGGACAUCUACAGAACGGCGAGUGCAAUCCUUGCAGACGCCAGCAUGGAGCUCAGGAAGUGGUGCUCCAGCUCAUCUGUUCUCAACGAACGGUUUUACGCGGACGGGGUCUCGAUCGACAACGUCACCGGGAGCACGACUACUUGCAAGGUUCUCGGUCUAGUGUGGGAUCGCGACGCUGACAGCGUCGUCGUAAGCACUCAGAAUGUGUCCCCGUACGUUGCGACGCAGUUGGCUAUGAAACGGACAGUGCUACAGGCCUUCGCAUGA